AUGCAAAAAAGAAUCUUAAAUAAUCUCUUACAAGAUAAAAGAUAUAUAAAAAAACAAUAGACUUUUCGAGAAUCUAAGUAAAUAGAUAGUUUUCCAAUUUUGAUAAGAAAUAAAAGUUGUGAAUGUUAAGAAUGUGGAGGAGGAAUUAAAAAAUAAUUAGAAGAGUAUUAAUUAGGAUAAGUAAAUGAAUCAAAGUUUGUACCUAAGUUAAUUGCUUAACAUGAAAAUAUUAAGUAUUGUGAUAUUUCAUAAUCACAUGAAUUAAAAAUAACAAAGUACAUUUGAAAAUUAUUGGUUCUUAGAAAUUUAUUUUAUUUAAUUACACCAAAGAAAAUAGUACUACAACAAAAUACUAGCCUAACAGAAUAACCAUUAAUUAGUCCUACAUUAGAAUAACCUAAAAGGAAUAUACAAAAAUUGCAUAGACUCAUUGAAAAAUAUGACUACAAGGUUGAAUCAAAUGUAUAAUAAAUUUGUAAAACUAUGCCAGAUACCAUAUCUAUUCCAAUAUAAAAAGUUAAAAUUUAAAGAUAGAAAACAAAAUAAUAUUCAUUUAUAAGACUUUUACCUCUAGAAGAUGAAGACGAUAACUAAAAUAUUAAUAAUGCAAAUUCUUCAAAUUCAUAAUAAAAAACUCCACUUAGAGUUUAAGUAUAUAAAGAAUUAAAAGGAAGUUCUAUUUUAUAAUAACUAUAAACUCCUAUAUUUAGAAAGUCUAAGUUUAAUAAAAAUUAAAUAAUAGAUUUUGAAGAUGGGAUGAGAAAAGCAAUGGAGAAAAUUAAAGAAAUGGAUGAAGUAUCAAAUACUAGUAAAAUGAUAAGUACUUAAAUAAAUGAUGAAAAUAAGACUAAAAGCAGAGGAUCAUUAUUAUUAAAGUCUUUUUUAGAUUGCACAAGAUAAAUAGAUAAGGAUCCAAAUAUCAUUAAAUAGUUAGAUGUAUUUUUGAGGCCUGAAUCUAGACAAUAAAAAUAAAUGCUGCAAUCUAAAACAUUUUCAUAUUAAAAAAUUUAUUUACCAAAAUUAAAUAAAAAAUGA